GCAGCAGAGAGGCCAUAGAGGCCAGCCAUGCCGCCCCGGAUCCCCGUCGCAUCGUGCCUGCGGGCCGCGAGCUCGCCGUCGCCCUUCUCGCCCAUUGCACCCGUCGCGCUCCCGCUGCGCCCCUUCUCGACGUCGCCGGCGCUGCAGAAGAAGCUCACCUCGCUGGAGCGCAAGCAGCGGUUCGAGCAUGACCCCUACGUCGCCGCCCAGAAGGCCCGCAAGAAGGCCGCCAACCUGUCGCGCCGCGCCGAGCUCGAGCAGGCGCGCGUCGACAGCCUGGGCAACCCCGUCCGCGGCGUCGAGACGCCGUUUGUGCAGUCGUUCGACACGGGCCGCCCGUCCGCGCCCCCGACCCAGCCCUCGUCCGCCGACGCCCAGCUCAACUACCGCUUCGGUCCCGCCGCCAUCGCGAGCCAGCUCGAGCAGAGCAGGCGCCUGGCCGUGCCGCUGAGCGAGCUGGACGCCGGGGGCGCGAAGCCCGGCGUCUUCCAGUGGAGCAGCGACAUGCACCACAACCGCGCGCGGCCCAUCCAGAAAACUGCCGACGACAUGGACGCGCAGAACAAGCAGGACCACGCCCGCGCUGCCGAGGCCAUUGCCCGCAUCACCGCCCUCGAGAAUGGCUCCAGCAAGGACCGCAUGCGCGUCAACACCACCCGCUGUGUCGAAACGUUCGGCCGCCACAACACCGACAAGGUCCUGCCGCCGCGCGCACCGCACCUCGACCGCAUCAACUCGGACACCGCCCCCGCCCCGCGCCCGGAGACCAACGAGGCCGCCGCCAAGAAGCGCAUCGGGCCCGACACGGGCUCGUCAGAGGUCCAGAUCGCCAUCCUGACCGCCAAGAUCAAGACCGUCGCCGACUUCCUGGCCACACGCGGCAAGGGCGACAAGCACAACAAGCGCAACCUGCGCCUGCUGGUCCACAGGCGGCAGAAGCUGCUGCAGUACCUGCGGAGGCGGGAGCGCGGUGGGCCGAGGUGGCAGCACUGCAUCGAGACCCUGGGCCUGACAGAGGGGACCUGGAAGGGCGAGAUCUCGCUGUAGACGUGUAUGAAUAUUGUAGAUUAGCGGCUCGCACGACGCAGUGUACAAUAUG